CCGCCCAGCUGCCACGGCACGUCGAGGGUAGGUGGGGAGGUAAAUUUCUCACACGUGCCGCGGUGGUGGCAGUCGUACGCGAACCGUGACAAAACGAGCCGCGCUCCGCUUCGCCUGGGCCUCCUGCCUGGCUACGAGCGCACGGUGCAGCGCUCGCGCGGCUGACCAGCGCAGGUAGCGCGCGGUAGGGAACAAGUGUCUUGGGCGAACGGCGAACGCGGGGAGAGCGAAAGAUGGCGAUGGCGCAUCCGUACACGCCGCAGCAGUGGUGAUGCAGUGCGAGCGAGUGCCGUCGUCGUCGUCGUCGUCUGCCCCGAUUGUACCGCGCGCUAUCGCUCCGUGAGCGGUGCGCGGCCAAAUGACAUGGGAAUUUGCAGCAGGAGGCACUUUCUACUGACAAUAUGCAGCCUGCAACUAAUCACCAUUAUAGAACGCCAAGUUUUCGACUUUCUGGGGUUUAUGUGGGCCCCGAUACUGGUCAACUUCUUCAACAUCAUCUUUGUAAUUCUAGGAUUCUUCGGGGCCUUUCAGUACAGACCUAGAUACAUCAUAUCGUAUUGUAUAUGGAAUACAGUGUGGCUAGGAUGGAACAUAUUUAUCAUAUGCUUUUACCUCAAUGUAGGGACACUGGACAAAGAUAGCGACAUACUUAAUCUCGGUACCGGUAGCUUUUCGUGGUGGUACGUGAACGGGCCAGGCUGCAAAGCCGUUUACGACGUGACGGAACCAGAGCUUUUUCGACCCGCGCGACCUACUAAUGUAACAGACUGCGUGCUAGAUUACGAAGUGAUAGAAAUUUUACACGCCGCGACGCAAUGUAUUCUAGGUUGUAUAGCGAUUGUCGGCGGAAUUUGUCUCAGUAAAGUGUUCCUCGAGGAAGAUGACAGCUUACGAACUAAACGAAAGAAGAAGCAGCCGCGGCCGCUGUACAGCAUCGAGUACUCGCAGCCCGAGCCGCCGGUGCAGGACGACAGCGUGUCGCCGAAGCCGAUGACGCCGCGCCGAGUCAAGAGACGUUCGGUGAUCUCGCGGGACAGCACCCGGCGUUCCGGCACGCGGCGCAGCUCCGUGCGCCAGUCGCGCCGCAAGAACCCGGUGAACCGUAUCAUGGACCACCAGGAGAGCCUGUACGCGAACACGGUCACACCCUGCAUCGGCAACCUGACGAACCAGAACGUCAGCUCGCUGUCGCAGGGCACGCUCAACUACGACCGGAUCGCGGUCGGCUGGGACCGCGAGCGGCACGCCGACCGGAACUGGCAGCCGGAGGCGGUGAACACGGCGGUGUCGUCGCCGGCACUGUGGCCGCCGGCCACCCAGGAAUCCUCCAACAACUACUCGAACGCCUCGUCCGGCUACCCGGCUGGCCAGGGCUCGGCCGCCAGUGGCUGGGACCAGCAUCCAACCACCAGCUCCACCCGCAAUCUCACCGACAACUGGCAGGCGUCGCCGGGCGAGCCGAACCCGAUGCAGUGGCAGGGUCAGAGCAACCCAACGUUCCAGCAGACCAGCACGCAGAGCCUGAACGGCGAGGACAUGGAGGAGCUGUACAGCAACCGGCCGGCCAGCGCCAGGUCCAGCUACAGCAAUUACCACGGCGUCAGGGCGACGCCGCAGGUGCCCAAUCGCACCGACGUUGUCAGACAAAGCCAGCGGCAGUUCGUCCUAAAUGGACCGCCCGCUUAUCAGGACACGGUGAUCUGAUAUGGCGACUUGGAGAAGCUUUAGAUGUGCGCCUCGCGUCGAGGACGAUGUCAAGAUAAUAAAUUGCAAGCGGCAAACUUGGCCUUAUCGUCUGCUAAAUUUAUCAGAUGCAGUAAAUAAGAUGAAUCGAUCAUCGGCUAUGGGAUGAACAGCAACGUUCAUCUUUGCGAAGAAAAAUGGCACUAUUUUUUAUAGCGCUAGUCGCGCGCGCAACGCCUUCGAUUCAGUAGAAAGCGAAAAAUAACGAAGACUUAAGGAGAUCGCACCAAAUGCAAUAUGUAUUAUUUCCUUAUCGUUGAUACUUGAAGCUGUAAUGACUCCGAACGGUUGUUUUAACUGUCUCAAUAAUUAUAUCAUGUUAAGGUGAUAGUUUGACAAUGGCUAGGACUCUCAACGGUAGAAAGAGGAGCAAGAUUUCACCGAUUUUUAGAGCUUUAUUCGAUACGGAUUGAUGCGACAGAUCUCUACUAUAGUGUUGCAUCGUAUUGUACUAUAAUAACGUCUAUAAGCAACGUAAAGGUAUUCUGAAUCUUCUUUUACCGAUGAAAGCGCAACUGAAAUUGAUUUUGAAGGAUACUUAUUGGCUGGAAGGAUCUUUCACGGGCACUUUUGCCGAUAAAAAGGCUUCAGAAUAUGGGCCGAAGACUCGAGGAGCUUAUUCGCUCUCUUUGGUCGUUCCGCAAUAUUAUUUUAGAGGCAUCCAAGCUGUAUACGUUCGCGCCAUUAUGAUUUGCCGAUUCGAUAUCGGCGGUAAAUCCGUACACCUACGUGAUAUGGGCUUAUCUUGAAAACGGCGUAAGCUCACUUUUAGGUGAUUGUUAAAUAGACUUAAUGCACGGAUUUUGCAAUGUACGUACAUUAAACUUACGCCAGUUUCGAGGUAGACAAUGAAGAUUGCCUUCACUCUCAGGAUUAAUCUAUCCGACUGCGUGAAAUUAGUGUACUAUAAGAUACAAAAGUGUAGGACAGAUCAAAAUCCCAAGAGCGUUAGAAUUUUUGCGCAACUGUCCCCUCUCAUUUCUCGUUCUUAGGAAACUUUACAUUCUCAUCCUAUUUAUAUCAUAGAACUAAGGGUCCUCUUGUUCUACGCAUAAAAUCAAAAGCUCAUCGUAUUAUCUGUAAAUAUAGAUUUAUAAGUCACUCAUCACCCUCGAAAGCGUAUUAUCGACGACGUACAAUCGAUUUUAUUUAUAAUUCUAUCUAAGUACGAUUAGCGACUUGCGCUGCUUUUGACACUUUACGAAAUCAAGAUGUCCGUCUUUUGGAGAUUUAUUACACUUUCGAGUAAAAGUUUUACAAUUUUUGUACAAAACUCGUUUGUAUUUGGACAUUUAUAUUUAUUUAUGAACGCUACACAAUUAUGCUACAGUCUUCCAAAAUUUAGAGGAUAAACAUUGAUGCGAUCCACCUUUGUGUGCAUUAGUGGCAAAUAAUAAUGGUAAGCUUAUAGAGUAAUAAUGACGUACAAUGUUACAUCGCGCGCAAUCCUAUACGCGCCUGCAACACAAUAUCGGUGCACUGUCUCUUUUGUAAUGUUGUAAAAUAUUAUAAGAUCUUCGUAUUCGUUGAGAAACUGAAAUUAACUUCGACGCGCCUAAACUAGGUCCAUUUAAAUCAUGCACAUGUCAUUUGGUUCGAGAGCCUACUUAUUUGUAGGAUUUUUGUUAGAAUUUGAACUUUUCCAAAGUGCGAAAAGUCAUUUCAGCAACAGGAACUUCUACUUACUGUUCACUGCCCGAUGUCGUAAAAAGAUGAUAGUUGUAACAAAUUGAUUACAAUUUUCGUAUUACUUAUUAAUCAAAAAAUUGUACGCAAGAUUCAUUUUUCGAUUUGUUAAUUAUAUAGAAUCUUUUUCAUUGUUUAUGCUUUUCACCCGGUAAAUGUUGACUUGUCUAUAAGUGCGUCGAGAAUUAGGGAGAAGAUAGAAACCAAAGUUUUAAAUAUCUACGUAUAUACAAGUAAGACCUAUCAACUUUAAAACUGCCUCACCUGUUCUGGUUAUUGUACAAUCUAGAAUUACUUUUGAAACUUGUUGGGUCAAGUGAAACGUGAAUUACGUUUAAUUUCUAAUUACUUAUAAGAAUCUCGUAGUUUUGUAAUUGUAUCGUUGCGCCCGUGGUUCGCUCGCGUGCCGCGCACGCUGCGCUCGCGCAUUGCAGAACUCAUAGAGACAACAAAGCUCGGCUCAUGAGAAAGAACGUAUUUAUUAAGUACUAAAUACAGGGAAGGAAAAAGAAAAUUUGGCUCGAACUUAAGGACCAUUUCCGCGGGUGCGUAACACUGCCCUUUUUCAAGAUCAUCGUCCCGAUAAUUAAACUCGGGCAGUCUCUGCACAACCUUCUUUCCGUAACGUCACUGUGAUCAGUUAUAGUAAGAUACACGUGACUGAACAAGUGGGAAGUUCUCAGUUUGUUGUACGGACCGUGUACAGCACAGUGUCUUCGAGAUACCUGGGGUCUCUUGAGUAACAACCCAUGGUGAAACUAGUGCUACAAUAUUGUUGCUCAUCCUAAUAACACCACGUUACCAGCAUAUUAUCAACUAUCCGAUGAUGCUGAUAAUGGACAACUAUUUCUUUUCUCAACAAUCGUGAUUUGUUCUCUGAAUUUUUGCUACCUCCCAUACACAGUUUUCUGCAAACGGUGACACAUUUCGCAUCUUUCAAGCAUGGACUUGUAAGGAGAAAAACGCACUCGUUCGCCGAACACGACUUGUCCCAAAUUUUCAAGAACUAUACAAUGUUGUUGAUAAUGGACUACUAUUUCUUUUCUCAACAUCCGUGAUUCUCUGAAUUUUUGCUACCUCCCAUAUACAGUUUUCUGCAAACGGUGACACAUUUCGUAUCUUUCAAUGGACUUGUAAGGAGAAAAACGUACUAGUUUCCCGAACACGACUUGACCGAACUGAAAGUCUCAUCAACUAUACAAUGAUGCUGAUAAUGGACUUUUCUUUCUCAGUAACUGUAACUUUUUUCCGAAUUUUUGUCACCUUGCGCGUACAGUUUCUUGCAAAUGGUAGACGCUUGAUAUCUUUCAAGAAUUGCAAGGACCUGUCCCAAAUUCUCAACCGGUGACUGUCUUUCUUUUACCGUGCAGAAGUCGAUAUGACUAUGUUCAUAAAAUAUGACAUAUUUCUCCGUGUUUAACAUGUUCGCUACCGUAGUGCGGUUGGAAAACCGGUUGCUACAGUCCAUGCUUUGUUUCUAGUAGUUUUACAAUAUAUGAGCGCGUAUUCCAGCGCGGGCGUAACACUAUUGUAUUUGCAUUAACUGGCCGAUUAUACUUACAAAUAUAGUAGAAUAGCUUCACGUACAGGGCAGCUAUCUUAUCGAUUGCGAAGCAAUAACGUCGGUGCACUUUGUUUCAUUAAGAUGACUUUUAGUACGUUACGGUUGAGAUUACGUAUCACAUCAUGCAGUUUUAAUCAAUGAAAGUUUACUAAUAAUUGUUUGGAUUAUGUACAAUUAUUUAGUAUAAAAGAUUCGCGAGAUUUACAGUUAUUAUACAAUAUAUUGUAUUAUCGUGUAACAAUUUCAAGACAAUAAACGAUAAACGUUCAUUAU